AUGUCACUGCCCAUCCACGUUGGUCGACCACUGAUACUACCACUACCGAUCCUCGUGGGUAUACCACUUCCCAUUCACAUGGUUCGACCACUGUCCCUCCUCGUGGGUAUACCACUUUACAUCCACGUGAGUCUAAGUCUACCAUUGAUCCUCCUUGUUGGUACACCACUACCGACCCUCGUAGUUAUACAACUGCCCAUCCACGUUGGUCGACCACUGAUACUACCACUACCGAUCCUCGUGGGUAUACCACUUCCCAUUCACAUGGGUCGACCACUGUCCCUCCUCGUGGGUAUACCACUUUACAUCCACGUGAGUCUAAGUCUACCAUUGAUCCUCCUUGUUGGUACACCACUACCGACCCUCGUAGGUAUACAACUGCCCAUCCACAUGGGUCGAACACUGAUACUACCACUACCGAUCCUCGUGGGUAUACCACUGUCCUUCCACAUGGGUCGACCACUGUCCCUCCUCGUGGGUAUACCACUUUACAUCCACGUGAGUCUAAGUCUACCAUUGAUCCUCCUUGUUGGUACACCACUACCGACCCUCGUAGGUAUACAACUGCCCAUCCACAUGGGUCGAACACUGAUACUACCACUACCGAUCCUCGUGGGUAUACCACUGUCCUUCCACAUGGGUCGACCACUGUCCCUCUUCGUGGGUAUACCAUUUCCCAUCCACGUUGGUCGACCACAGUCCCUCCUCGUUGGCUUCACUUGUUAA